CAUGGGAGCUUUGGGGGGGAGUUCAAGUUUAUCCUCUGUUGUUUUUUCUUUAAAAGCGAAGUAAAAAUCGUGCGUCGUUCGUCCCUUUACUUCCCAAUUAAUCUCCGCCCUCGCUUGGUCGCGUAAAAUCCUAGUGAAAUACUUUGAAUUGCAACAAACUGUGGGAAAGUGCAGGAGGUUUGCGAGGCGCUCUGUAUGCGGACCCGCAGUAAAACCUCUCCCCCCCCGACUCACACCUGCCAGCCAAUCAGAGGCGGGCCUCCUGGUCUACUUAUAAGCACCCACUGCCAUCAGGGGGAGGUUUUUCAACUUCUGCAGAGACAUUCGGGCAACAUGACCAGGAAACCACAUGGCCCAACUCCUGAAGAUGGGAAGAGUAGAAAAAGGAUUUUGAAGCCAGUUGUGGAGAAGAUGAGAAGGGAUCGCAUAAAUCAAAGUCUCGCUGAGCUGAGAAGUUUGUUGUUGCGUUCCACGUCGGAUCCUCGACUCCAGAAUCCCAAGAUAGAGAAAGCAGAGGUUCUGGACCUGGCCGUGGAGUAUCUUAAGAAGUGGACCGAAAGGACGGACGUGAAUAAUGACCUGAGGACUCCGGCAGCCUUGGGGAAACUUGGAGCCACAGAGUCCAGAGGUGCGCCUCUCCUCAGCAGUGAGAGCGCAGGUUUCCAGCAGUGUAUGGCCCAGCUGAACAGCUACAUGCACAGGAUCCCGCCGACGCAGAGGACAAGCCUCGCCGAGGGACUCAAGCAUCACGCGGAGAGCUGGGAGCCGAAACUGCACUCCGGCCACAGCGUCACCAAGGAGCCUGAUGCUGUGGAGGCAGCCUGCCCGUCCGAGAGCAGGGGGGAGGCCCCCUGGCUGCUCUUCCCUUCCCAUCCCUCCUUCCGGCCUCUCUCCUGCUCCACACCGUGCCACGACUACCUCUCCCCGCCUCCCUCCCCCUGGUUCUCCCCCUCCUUCUCCGCGUUUACCGCUUCCCCUCCUUUCCCGUCCUUUGCAUGUCCCUUCACCUUCCCCUCCAGCCUGUCGCCUCCGUCCUCUAACACCUCCUUCCUGAGCGUCUCACCCACACUUCCUCACACCAGCCCUCUUGGUCUCCACGUCCCCCCACUAACAUCGUUAAUACCCCCGCUGCACCUCCCACACAGGGAGGUGUCACCAGCAGACUCUCUGUCAACCAUCUGGAGGCCCUGGAUGGGAUGAGAGGCCGACACCUGACGCAGCGGCCGCGGAAAGGACUACCAUGAAUGUACAAUGUGUAAAUGAAUAAAACUGCCUAUAUUUUCUUUUUUUUUACUCCUGUAAAUAAAUACAUUAUGUAUCUAAAGCUGGUAACGCCUCUGUUUGUCCAUUUAUUUAUGCAUGGUGGCAACUGGUAGCACUUUUGCAUUGCAGCAUGCAGGUUCAGGGUUGGAAUCCUGGACUGGGGUCUUCCUGGAUGGAGGUGACUUUUAGCACGGUGCACG